ACAAAACUCUCUUUGUACAAACAAGCUGCCAUGAUGAUGAUGAUGACUUUUCCGGCAUGCAAGUUACCGGAGUUUUGUGUAUCUCCGGUGACCCAACAAAUGAAACUACUUGUUCAUACCAUCAUAUUUGUCAUCAUCAUCUCCCAUAAUCCAUCAAAUUCACAAUCUUUGUCUUCACCAAAUGAUGGUUUGCCAAACUCGCAAGAUUCUGUAGCUUCAAAUUUCCAACCAAGUUUAGCAGUUGUGAUUGGAGUUCUAGCCAUCAUGUUUUGUUUAACAUUCUUGCUUUUGGUUUAUGCAAAAUGUUGUCAUAGAGCAUCUUCUCUUCAUUACCUAAAUCAAGAGAAUUUAGGUGAAUUGCCUCGGUUCGGUGCCAGGGUUUCUGGUAUUGAUAAAACGGUUAUUGAAUCACUUCCCUUUUUCCGGUUUUCUAGUUUAAAAGGUUGGAGAAAUGGUUUGGAAUGCUCCAUUUGUUUGUCUAAAUUUGAAGAUGUUGAGAUUCUUAGAUUGUUGCCUAAAUGCAAACAUGCUUUUCAUAUUGAUUGUGUGGAUCAAUGGCUUGAAAAACACUCGGGGUGUCCACUUUGUAGGUGUAAAGUAAGCGAAGAGGAUGCAACCCUUUUCGCGUAUUCAAGUAGUUUUAGGUUUUUAAGUAAUCAUUCGGGUCGGGUAUGUGAAGGUGGUUCAAACUUGGAGCUAUUUAUUGAAAGAGAAGGAUCAACAAGAUUUGGAAGUGGAAGAAGUUUUCAAAAGAUUGAAGAGGAAAAUGCCAAAGAAAUCUUGGAAGAUCAACAAGAAAUCUUGCAUAAGUUUAAUCAUAGGAUUAUAGUAUCCGAUUAUGAACAUGAUUUGAUUGCGAAGAACAGAUGGAGCAAUUUGACUUCAUCUGAUCUUCUCUUUUUGAAAUCCGAGAUGAUUACUUUCAUGUCAAGCAACUAUCUUGAUCACUACAAUGAUCAAGAUAAAGUUGCUUCUAUCUCAUGCAACAAACAUGACCAUUACCCGCCUCUCAAAACAGGCGAAAAUGGUCAUGACCAAAAUCAUGAUCACCAAGUAAUCAAGAUAAAGGAAGAAAUCAAACGAAAAAGGGAAUUUGAGAAGAAAAUCAAGAAAUUCCCUAGUGGAGAGUCGGAUAUUGGAUCAUCCAAUGAGCAUAAAUCCGCUAAACUUGAUGAGAAAAGAUCGAUGUCAGAGAUCAUUGUUCAUCCAAGAUAUCUUGAUGUUGAAUCAAAUAACAAGGAAAGUAAUUUGGGUGACAUUAAUGCUAAAGAAGAGAGAUUAAAGAGAUUAUGGCUGCCGAUUGCUCGAAGAACAGUUCAAUGGUUUGCUAAUAGAGAUCAACGGCCACAAAUUAAUACAAAAUCGCAAGUUUAAAUUAGAACUACUAGUCAAUAUAUAUUCUCUCAACAUUUUCAUACACGUUUUCACAAUAGUUCAUGUUAAAAGGAAAGAUUCUAUAGUUUUUUCAUAUAGAAAUUUAUUUUGG